AUGAGAUAUCUUUCUAGAAUAAUUGCAAUAAUAUUCCUUCUUUUCAAUAUUGUAUCAGCUAUAGAUUAUGGCAACUACGAUUUUAUAUUAGAUGAAAUAGAUUCUUUUGAUUUGGAUUCAUUAUUAAAAAGAGCAGAUGAAGCUACUCCAACUAAUAAUGCCACAGUUCAACAAUUUGUUUCGCUCUUUCAAACCAUUGGUGCAUCAAAUAUUAUACCUGAUAUUUUAUUAGAUAUAACUUCUUCAGAUGAAAAAAUGGAUAAUUUAGGUAAUUACACUUUAAUGUUAUUAAAUGUUUUAGAAUCUGGUGAUUCUUUAAAUACUACAUUUGAAGGAAUAAAUAUCGAAUUAAAUACUACUGAAAUCAUUAAUGCUGUUUUGAAUUCUGGCUUAAUUCAAAGUACAGCUCAAGGUUUAUUAUUAGAUGAUCAAAAUAAUCAAGAUUUGGCAAAAUUUGUUGGUGAAAUUUUAGCAAGUCCAAAUAAUGUAUGGAUUGGUUGGUUGUUAUAUGGUUUAGGUGAUGGCCAUGAUUUAACUUGGGAUUAUUUAGCAAAUUUAAUUGUUAAUACUACAAGUGCUGCCAAUACUGAUUCUUCAAAUCAAUCCGAAAUUGAUGUAAAUCAAGAGGGUUUAAAUGAAAUCGGAUGGGAUUUUUCAAAUUCAUCAAAUACUAAACGAGCUGAAUUUGAUGAAAUUAUGUCGUCAAGGUUUACAAGAGAUGAAAAUAAUCAAUAUCAAGGUUCAUUAAAUCAAUUUUUAAACAAUAUAAUUAAUACAAUUGCUCAUUCUUCAAUGAUUCAGUCUUCAGUUUAUGAUAUUUUAAUUGCUUUAAAUCAAUCUGAUAUUUUAGUACCUACUGUAAUGGAAAUUUUAGAUAAUAAUCCAAAUUUAGGAACUUUAGUUGAUCAUUUAGCUUCUGCAGUUUAUUCAAGUGGUGUUUUGAAUAAUAUUGACCUUAAUUCAUAUUUCGUAUAUGCUAAAGAAAAUGAUAUUUUAAGUGACGCUAUACAGUUUGUUUUAACUGAUCCAACUUAUGCUCCUGGUAUUGCUAAAUUAUUACAAAGAAUGGAUUAUGCUGGUUAUUAUCAAUAUUUACAAGAUAACAUGUGGGGACCACAUAAAAGAAACUCAAGCAAUUAA